UCAGGUGCCACCGCUGGAUAUUUUUUUUUCUGGGUGCGGCGUGCGCGUCUCUGAGUGCGCGCGCCCCGGUGGUCACUGCAGGGCCCGUCUGCGCCUCAGGCACACGCACAGGUGCCCGCGUCUAGCCAGCCCCCGUGUCGCGCACACGCUGGUGGCCGGGUGGCACCUGUACCCAGAUGCACGUGCAUCUCCGCCUGCGCGCAGCUGCCCUGCAAACCCCGCUGAGCCUGAGGCCAGAAGCGCACCCCAAUCUCCCGCCCUGACCCUGCCAGCCACCAGCUGGGGACCUUGGCAGCCAAUGCCCUGCAGUGGCGCUGGGGUGGUGUGGGUCCUUCCAUAUGCUUCCUUGGUGACCCCUGAUGACCUGAGGAGCAGCGUAGAAGCCAGGCCUCCCCAGGCUCCACCCAGGGUCAGAUUCCCAGGAAUGACCUUGAGUCACCGCCCCUGGCCACAGCCCAGAAAAGAGGAAGCCGCAGGCCCAGCUCCUGGCAUUGUCCUCCCCACACACAGCCCUGGCUGCCACCAAAGCCAUCGGAUUCCUGCACUCCUGCCUCUGGGCCUCAGUUUCCCUUCCCGAGCAAUGGCAGGACAAGGCUCCGGGGUCUCCCGGCUGGCCUUUGAUGGCUGGGAGUCUAAGGACUUCCCUCGGGUGAGCCCUCGCUUCCUCCGAGCCUGGCACCCCUCGCCUGCCGCAGCUAGGAUGCCAACCCGGCGCUGGGCCCCUGGGACUCAAUGUAUGACCAAGUGUGAGAACUCGCGCCCCAAGCCGGGUGAGCUGGCCUUCCGCAAGGGCGACAUGGUGACCAUCUUGGAGGCCUGCGAGGACAAGAGCUGGUACCGCGCCAAGCACCAUGGAAGCGGGCAGGAGGGGCUGCUGGCGGCCGCCGCGCUGCGGCAGCGGGAGGCCCUCUCUGCAGACCCCAAGCUCAGUCUCAUGCCAUGGUUCCACGGCAAGAUCUCCGGCCAGGAAGCUGUGCAGCAGCUGCAGCCGCCGGAGGACGGGCUGUUCCUCGUGCGGGAAUCGGCUCGUCACCCCGGAGACUACGUCCUGUGUGUCAGUUUCGGCCGAGACGUCAUCCACUACCGGGUCCUGCAUCGAGAUGGCCACCUCACCAUCGAUGAGGCCGUGUGCUUCUGUAAUCUGAUGGACAUGGUGGAGCAUUACACCAAGGACAAGGGGGCCAUCUGCACCAAGCUGGUGAAGCCAAAGAGGAAACAGGGCGCCAAGUCAGCCGAGGAGGAGCUUGCAAAGGCGGGCUGGCUACUCGACCUGCAGCACCUGACUCUGGGAGCCCAGAUCGGAGAGGGGGAGUUCGGAGCCGUCCUGCAGGGUGAGUACCUGGGGCAGAAGGUGGCCGUGAAGAAUAUCAAGUGUGAUGUGACAGCCCAGGCCUUCCUGGAUGAGACGGCUGUGAUGACAAAGCUACAGCACAGAAACCUGGUACGACUCCUGGGCGUGAUCCUGCACCACGGCUUGUACAUUGUCAUGGAGCACGUGAGCAAGGGCAACCUGGUGAACUUCCUGCGCACGCGGGGCCGCGCCCUCGUGAGCACAUCUCAACUCCUGCAGUUUUCUCUGCAUGUUGCUGAGGGUAUGGAGUACCUAGAGAGCAAGAAGCUGGUACACCGGGACCUGGCUGCUCGCAACAUCCUGGUCUCUGAGGACCUGGUGGCCAAGGUCAGUGACUUUGGCCUAGCCAAGGCCGAGCGGAAGGGGCUGGACUCAAGCCGGCUGCCAGUCAAGUGGUCGGCGCCUGAGGCUCUCAAGAAUGGGCGGUUUUCCAGCAAAUCGGACGUCUGGAGUUUUGGGGUGCUGCUGUGGGAAGUCUUCUCAUACGGAAGAGCUCCAUACCCCAAGAUGUCGCUGAAGGAGGUUUCAGAGGCCGUGGAGAAGGGUUACCGCAUGGAGCCCCCCGACGGCUGCCCGGGACCUGUGCACACCCUCAUGGGCAGCUGCUGGGAGGCAGAGCCUGCGCGCAGACCGCCCUUCCGCAAAAUAGCAGAGAAGCUGGGCCGCGAGCUCCGCAGCGUGGGCGCCGCGGCUCCCCUUGGGGGACAGGAAGCUGAGGGCUCAGCUCUCCCACGGAGCCAGGAACCCUGACCCCUGAAGCAAGAGGGCCCAGGUGCGGGGUCACAGGGCCAGGAUGGGCCAGUGCGCAGGCUCCGCAGCCCCUGGAAACCCCACACCCAGGGCCCCCAUAAAGAGCGAUUGGAAGGACUUCGUA